CAGCAGCAGCAGCAGCAGCAGUGUGUCUCUGUCGUCUGAGUGAGACCUAAAGAUGCCUCCCAAGCCCGUUAAACGCGCUAUGGAGGACGCGCUGAAAAACCUGGGCGAAGACGACGUGAAAAGAUUUUGCUCAGCGAUCCUGGAUCGCACAGAGGAGCCUCGGGUCAGAAAGGCAGAUCUGGAGGGAAAGAAUCGAAGAGAAAUCGUAGAUAUCCUGGUGCAAUUUCACACAGAAGCCAAAGCUGAAAAGGUGGUCGUGGAGACUUUGGGCGAGAUUGGCUGCAACGAGGUAAAACGGCGCCUUGGGUUUGGAAACAUCAUGUUGGUGAAAACUACUGGUGCCUCAAUGCAAACAGCUCAGCAGGACAAGCUGCAAUACCAAGGUGAGAGGGCAUCAUGGGCCAUGGCAGAGAGCGAUCUGUUGGAAAUGAACAACUACAAAACCAUCAUCCAAAACGUGGCUCAAAAGAAAGGACUUGAUCCAGCUCUCAUUGCUGCAAUCAUCUCCAGAUCAUGCAGGGCUGGAAAGACACUGACAGCAGGCAAGGGCUGCUACGACGAAGAGAGAAAAGCCUUUAAUACCUACGGACUGAUGCAGAUUGAUAUCAACCCAAAGGGAGGUGGACACACCCCAAAAGGAGCAUGGGACAGUGAGGAACACCUCUCUCAAGCCACCGACAUCCUGCUUUAUUUCAUGCUGCGCAUUAAGCAUGCAUUUCCUGACUGGACCAAGGAGCAGCAGCUGAAAGGAGGGAUUGCAGCCUACAAUGCAGGGGAUGGGAACAUUCACUCCUAUGAAGAGGUGGACGCCAAAACCUCAUGUGGAGACUACUCCAAUGAUGUUGUCGCCAGAGCUCAGUGGUACAAAACCGAGGGUGGCUUUUGAAAUCUGAAGAUGAAAGCGACCUCUUAAAAAUUAUUUUCAACCAUCAUUUCUUUUAAAUGAUUUAAACAAUCAUUAAAAGCAUGUGUG